AUGGGCAAAGCACACAGGAAUCGAACAUUCCGCGUGUUGAAGCGUCUGGGAAAAGAGGCAGUCAAUCCCCAAACGGAUUCGCCUCUGUACAAUCGUAUACCCUCAGAGAUCCGCAUCCACAUAUUCGAGUAUGCCCUGACAGAUUAUGGGCGUCCGCCGCAUGGACAUGACAUGAAUGAUGGAUUCCACAUUCGCCAUGAUCACGCACCCGGCUUCGUACCCGAUAUGGACACCGGGGCACCACGAACCGAUUUCGCCACUAUCAUACAGCAUAGACCAGCCAGUCAGUCAACGCUCGGGUUCCGCACUGCAUCCCCCGAGUUCUUAUGGGAGCGGCCGGGUCAUCCGGCAUACACGAGGACCGACACGGCAUUGCUCCUAAGUUGCCGGCGUGUCUAUUCGGAGACGCACGCCAUGCCACUCAUGCUGAAGGAACAUGCAUUUGCAUUCGGAUCCGGUCAGAAAAUUGGAGGGCGGCCGAGCUGCAGCUAUAGCGACUACUUUUCGAAAUUCCUGGGCAGGAGCAGUUCUAUACUCGGAACGAAACAGUAUCAACUUGUGCGCCGGGUGCGUAUAUUUGCAUCGAGUAUAUUGCUCUGGACUUUUCCAAGGAACAUCUUCAACACCGUGCUCAAGGAUUUUGGCGCUUUGCAGGUGCCUAUCGAACAUUUGCGCAUUACCAUUCGCCGCUCAAGCUGGAGGUUCUGGCGAGAGAACGGUCCGUACGUCAUUAGCCCGUUCCGCCGUAUCUCCAAAUCAACAAACAUGAAGGAACUCAUGGCUGAAAGGACUGGCGACAUGGUAAUUGAUGACCGUGCUUGGGGCAUGGCGUUCCAGCAUUUGCCAAACAUCAAGUCUGUAACCAUUGAAUUUGAGGUAACGGAGGACAAGCGGGAAGAGCUCGAGGCUAUCGUGGACUGGGCAAAGACGUGGAAGUUCCCGCUUUCUGGGGACCGGCAUCUCAGCGCUGAAGAGCAACGAAUCGAGAGAAUGAGUUGGCAAGGCUUGUUGGGCCACUGGAGCGACACAUGCACUGAAUGUAUGGCUCCGUUACCCUCUGCUACGGAGUCGUGUAGCACUUGUCAGCUAAGGACACGUCUGUGA